UUUCUUUUGCAGUGGAUAAAUAAAACGUUUGAUGGGACUGUUUUCAUAAACAACGCUGUCUUCAACGGUCAACCCUCACUUCUUCCUAGGUGGUCAGUUGCCGAGUGAGUAUUUUUUUCCUUGAGCUCUCAUUGGACAUAUUCGACGUCAAUUUGGGGAAUGUUUUCAGGAAUGAAGACGCAACGUAAACAUCUGCAAACUGUGAAGGUGCCGUGAUAAUUGAGACAUAACAGUUUACUUACAUUACAAGGGAAUCGGGAAGAACUGGUCGUAAAAAUGUAUGGUUUUGUCAACCACGCCUUGGAACUACUUGUAUUAAGAAAUUAUGGCGAAGAAGUGUGGGAAGACAUCAAGAGGGAGGCGCAACUCGAUGUAGAGGGUCAGUUCCUUGUCAGAAUCAUAUAUGAAGAUGCCAAAACAUACGACCUUGUUGCUGCUGCAAGCAAAGUUCUCAAGAUUGAUGCAGGGUGUAUCCUACAGAUGUUUGGGAAGAUGUUUUUUGAGUUUUGCCAAGAAUCAGGGUAUGACACCAUCCUGCGUGUUUUAGGCUCCAAUGUCCGUGAAUUCUUGCAGAAUCUGGAUGCCCUCCACGACCACCUAGGUACCAUCUACCCUGGGAUGAGGGCUCCAUCCUUCCGCUGCACGGAUGCGGAGAAGGGCAACAAUCUGAUCCUGCACUACUACUCGGAGAGGGAGGGGCUCCAAGACAUCGUGAUCGGCAUCAUCAAGACAGUGGCCCAACAGAUCCACGGCACCGAAAUAGAAAUGAAGGUGAUCCAGCACAAGAGUGAGGAGUGUGACCACAUUAAGUUCCUGAUCGAGGAGAAGGACUCGGAGGAGGAGGCCUUCUAUGAGGAUCUGGACGGCUUCGAGGAGAAUGGCACGCAGGAGACCCGGAUCAGCCCCUACACCUUCUGCAAGGCCUUCCCCUUCCACCUCAUGUUCGACAGGGACCUGAUGCUCACUCAGUGCGGCAAUGCCAUCUUCCGUGUGCUGCCGCAGCUCCAGCCGGGCAUCUGUAACCUGCCCUCCGUGUUCUCUCUGGUGCGUCCACACAUAGACUUCAGCUUCCAAGGCAUGCUCUCCCACAUCAACACUGUCUUCGUUCUGCGAAGCAAGGAGGGCCUCUUGAACGUGGAGACUUCAGAGAACGAGGACGAGCUGACUGGUGCUGAGAUCAGCUGUCUGAGGCUGAAGGGACAGAUGAUCUACCUGCCCGAGGCGGAGAACAUCCUCUUCCUCUGUUCUCCCAGUGUGAUGAACCUGGAUGACCUGACGCGGAGAGGCCUGUACCUGAGCGAUAUCCCGUUGCACGAUGCCACACGUGACCUGGUUCUGCUGGGAGAACAGUUCCGUGAGGAGUACAAGCUGACCCAGGAACUGGAGAUCCUGACUGACCGUCUGCAGCACACCCUCCGGGCCCUGGAGGAUGAGAAGAAGAAGACGGACAGAUUGCUCUACUCAGUCCUGCCACCAUCGGUGGCCAAUGAGUUGCGCCACAAGCGUCCAGUCCCUGCCAAACGCUACGACAAUGUGACCAUCCUCUUCAGCGGCAUUGUGGGAUUCAACGCCUUCUGCAGCAAACACGCAUCAGCUGAGGGUGCCAUCAAGAUAGUCAACCUGCUCAACGACGUCUACACCCGAUUUGACAUCCUGACCGACUCGAGAAAGAACCCCUACGUGUACAAGGUGGAGACAGUGGGUGAUAAGUACAUGACGGUCAGUGGGCUGCCAGAACCAUGUACCCACCACGCUCAAUCUAUCUGCCACCUGGCCCUAGACAUGAUGGAGAUUGCUGGACAGGUCAAAGUGGAUGAAGAUCCAGUACAGAUAACCAUUGGGAUCCACACAGGAGAGGUGGUAACUGGGGUCAUAGGUCAAAGGAUGCCCCGCUACUGCCUGUUUGGAAAUACUGUCAACCUCACCAGCCGUACAGAAACCACAGGAGAGAAGGGAAAAAUCAACAUUUCAGAAUAUACUUACAGGUGUUUGCAGUCGGCAGAGAAUGCUGACCCUCAGUUUCAUUUGGAGUACCGAGGACCCAUCACCAUGAAAGGCAAGAAGGAGCCCAUGAAUGUGUACUUUCUGUCUCGCAAAAGUACUGAAAGCGAUGUUUGAUCACAAAAGUAUUUCCCUUUCCCCAGCCGGAAAAAUGCAUAAAAGUGUCAUUUUUGGGUUCUAAUUUGUUUUUACGGGUUGAAGAGACGUCAGAUAACCGAAUUAGAACCAAGAGAAGAUGUCCUUUUCUGGCCGCUAAAAAAGAUAAGUUAAAAAAACAUUUUUACAAUCAACAUAAAACUGGACCAUAACUCAUGCCUGACCAGUUUUGCUCACUGGGUCACUUGUCAGUUUCAAGAACCUGCUGUAUCUGAAGGCAAUUUUAACGUCUAGAAAUAUACCUUGUUCUCUCCUUCACCAACAGUUAUUCUUAUUGGUAGUAUAUAUGUUUGUUACAAGUGACAAAGGUAGAUUAUAAGUUUAAGUUAGUAUGAUGAAGAUGAAGAACCUAUUUUUAUGGAUAUACUGUAGGUACUGGCACGUACUGUAAUACAACGUCAUGUAUUUUCUUUCUCUAUCCAUUCCAGCAUUUAAAGUAGUAUUUUACCCUCAAGGUAUUCUGUAUUCUAUGUAUUUAUUCACUAAUGUUGUAUCUGUGCACUGAUUUUCUUUGUUAUUUUUCUUUGUGGUAUAAUAUACAUGUAUAAGCCAAAUCAUAAUCUCAACUGUGAAUUCCAUAUUCUGUAGGAGAUACUGAACUUUUGGUAUAAUGUAUUAAUAAACACAUUAAAUAUUUCACUUAACUGUCCAAAUACAUUUUAACACCAAUAAGCAGUGUUGUGUAGUAGUGAACUACAUGUAGUUCAACUAGUAAAUGAACUAAAUUAUGCAGUAUCUUGGUGGUAGUUGAACUACAUUCAAAUCUAGGUGGUGUUGUCAUUAGUUAAUUACUUUCUUUGCCAUGUAGUGGUGUAGCUAACUACUGGAACUAAACACUACUCUUUUUGCAAAAAUAAAAUAAAAUAUGGGUGACGUAGGCAAUCAUUUCCUUUUUUUCCCGACCUCAGACCUGCCUAAUUCUCACUUGAAACAUCGUUUUUGUGUUUAAUAGGCUAAAUUACACAUUCUGUUAACAUAUGACCCCAACUUGAUCUAUUCUUGCAAUUUGUAGACUAUGACAUUUCAGAUUUACAUUUCAUAAUUUUCAUGAUUUGGAUGUAGAGAACUACUUUUUCAAAGUGACUUUAGUUAAGUAAAAUAUAUUUUUCUUAAGGGUAGAUUUAGUAAAGCUUAACUUCUUCCAGUGUGAAGUAAUUGGUAGCUUGAUAAAUUGUAUUGUCAGAGUAGCUUCCCUAACACUGCCAAUAUGUUGUUCUGUAAGUGUGACAUUUAUUUUAAACUGCACUCACCCAAAAAAAACUUGUUCAUGUGCAAGUGCCUCACAAUGUGGCAUGCUAUUGUGAAGGAAAAGACUAUUGUUUUUACAUAAAUUAAUUCACUGUUUGUUUCAUUGAUGAUUUUUGUUGAAUAAAAAGAGGCUACCAGA